UUUUAUACUUUUGGCUUUUAUUUUCUAGUUUCUUCUCUCUUAUUGAAUGGUUGUUUUUUUUUUUUUUUAAAUUCGCUUUCUGAUUUUUAAGCCCUGCCUGAAACUCGUGCCUUGUGAAAGCAGCAAAACCCUUAACGGAAACGAACCAAUCCCCGUUGAACUGUCAGUUGUUCCUAUCAAAACAUCUGGCAAUUUAUGGAAGCCGAUACAAAGCCAAAGAAAUAUGGACCUCGGCUUUGUUGCAUUUGUAACCAGCGAAGAGCUGCCCUCAAAAGACCCAAAACCCUAGAGCAGAUAUGCAAGGAGUGUUUUUACGAGGUGUUUGAGGAGGAGAUUCACCAGGUAAUUAUGGAGAACCAGCUGUUCAAGCCUGGUGAACGUAUUGCUAUUGGCGCCUCUGGUGGGAAAGAUUCGACAGUCCUUGCUUACGUGUUAUCAGAACUGAAUCGACGACAUAACUAUGGCCUUGAUCUUUUUCUUUUGUCUGUUGAUGAGGGCAUUACUGGGUACAGGGAUGACUCGCUUGAAACUGUCAAAAGAAAUGAACUUCAGUAUGGGUUGCCACUAAAAAUUGUGUCUUACAAGGAUUUGUAUGGAUGGACUAUGGAUGAAAUAGUAAAGAUGAUUGGCUUAAAAAAUAAUUGUACAUUUUGUGGUGUUUUCCGCCGCCAGGCCCUUGACCGAGGUGCUGCAUUGCUGAAAGUUGACAAGGUUGCUACUGGACAUAAUGCUGAUGAUAUUGCUGAAACUGUUCUGUUGAACAUAUUACGAGGUGAUAUUGCUAGAUUGAGUAGAUGCACUUCUAUUACUACCGGUGAAGAUGGACCUAUUCCAAGAUGCAAACCUUUUAAGUAUACCUAUGAGAAGGAGAUUGUGAUGUAUGCUUAUUUCAAGAAGCUGGACUACUUCUCUACUGAAUGCAUUUAUUCUCCAAAUGCAUAUCGUGGUUUUGCUCGUGAAUUCAUAAAAGAUUUGGAGAGAAUCAGGCCUAGGGCUAUACUUGACAUCAUUAAAUCGGGGGAGAAUUUUAGAAUUUCCACUUCCACCAAAAUGCCUGAGCAGGGAACCUGCGAACGAUGUGGUUAUAUUUCCAGCCAGAAAUGGUGUAAAGCUUGUGUCUUGCUGGAGGGGCUGAAUCGGGGUUUGCCGAAGCUUGGCAUUGGUCGUAGUCGAGGCCUAAACAGUGAUGUUAAGAAAGAUAUAAAACAAGGCGGUGGCACAGAAAGUAUCGAGAGCAAACAAUGUGGUAGUUUGGACUUCUGAUGCAGAGUGUAGGCAUCACCUAAGU